GGGCACCAGACCCGAGCACCACCAGACCCGCGCACCAGACCCGAGCACCAGACCCGCGCACCAGACCAGGGCACCAGACCCGAGCACCACCAGACCCGCGCACCAGACCCGAGCACCAGACCCGCGCACCAGACCCGGGCACCAGACCCGAGCACCACCAGACCCGCGCACCAGACCCGAGCACCAGACCCGGGCACCAGACCCGAGCACCAGACCCGGGCACCAGACCCGCGCACCAGACCCGAGCACCACCAGACCCGCGCACCAGACCCGCGCACCAGACCCGAGCACCAGACCCGGGCACCAGACCCGCGCACCACCAGACCCGCGCACCAGACCCGAGCACCAGACCCGCGCACCAGACCCGAGCACCAGACCCGCGCACCAGAGCCGCGCACCACCAGACCCGGGAACCAGACCCGCGCACCGCGAUGACAGCGAUACUUCUGCUGCUGCUGCUGCCGCCGCAGCUGCUCUGCUCCGCCGCAGGAGGAGCUCCGCCGCCGGCCGCCGCCGUCAGAGAGUAUUUCCUGGCGGCUGUGGAGAUCGGCUGGGACUACAUCUACCUGGAUGACGCUGACCCACCGUCCGACCAGAGGAGGAGAUCAGGAGACAUUCCUCAAAAAUACAUCAAGGCAGUUUACAGGGAGUACACAGAUUCCACAUACUCUGUCCCCAAGCCAAGAGCAGCAUGGACAGGUAUUCAAGGCCCGGUGAUCGUCGCUCGGGCUGGUGACAGAGUAGUGGUCCACUUCAAGAACCUGGCCUCUCAGCCCUACAGCGUCAGCCCUGUGGGGAUCACCUACUGGAAACAGUCUGAAGGAGCCGGGUACGAUGACUCCACAGCGGGUCAGGAGAAGGAGGAUGACGCCAUCCUUCCAGGAGGAUACUACGAGUACGUGUGGGACAUCAGCCCUAAAGACGGACCCACCAGCAGCGACCCCGAAUGCCUCACCUACUCCUACUCAUCCCAGGUGGACACAGUCCGGGACGUCAACUCAGGACUCAUCGGUGCCUUGCUCAUCUGCAAAACGAGUGCCUUCACAGACCAAGGCCAGAGGAGGAAUCCAGCUUUCGUCCUGCUGUUUGCAGUGUUUGAUGAGACCAAGAGCUGGUAUGGAGAGGUCGGAGAGAGGAUGAGCCGGGAGAAGUUCAAGAGGAGCUUUGGCAGGAAGGAAUACCACACCAUCAAUGGAUAUGUCAACUCUACGUUACCUGGUUUGACAAUGUGUCACGGCCAUAAUCAUGUGUUAUGGCAUUUAAUUGGCGUGGGCACAGCUCCAAAAAUCCACUCCAUUCAGUUUCAGGAUCACACUCUGCAGCUGUUGACUCAUCGUAAAAUCAACAUGGAGCUGACCCCUAUGACCUUCAUCACAGCGGAAAUGAGACCCGCUGCUAUAGGCCGCUUCCUCAUCAGCUGUCAGAUACACGCCCACCGCCACGACGGCAUGAACGCGUUGUUCGCGGUGGAGAAAUGCAUCGAGCCCGCCACUCCGCUGGGACCUGACCUGCGUCACGUCAAACACGAGGAUUAUGGGGACUACAGUGAGGACUACAGUGAUGAAGAUGAUGGAAAUUUGUUCAACACCAUUAGCUUCCAGCCCAAGAAGCUACAAGUGCAAGCGAGGGCCAGCAGAGGACAGGAGUCUAAAACCUGGAAGCAUUACAUCGCAGCUGAAGAGGUCGACUGGGACUAUGCCCCUCAUCUCAAACCCUCAGACAGUGAGUUGCAGUCUGCAUAUUUGCCUGCGUCUCCCCAUCACCUGGGUUACAAGUAUAAAAAGGUGGCGUAUGUAGAAUACACAGAUGCAUCUUUCACUCAGAGGAAAAAACUUGCCAAGAAUUUACUGGGUCCACUUCUGAAAGGAAAAGUCAAUGAUCAGUUACAUAUCAUUUUCAAAAACAUGGCCAGUCGCCCCUUCAAUAUCUACCCCAACGGCCUAACCAAGAUCUUUCCACUGCAGAGGAGCACAAAUGUUGCAGAGAACGACUUGCGCUCCAUGGGAGUGGCCCCCAAUGGGACGUUUGGCUACAUAUGGAGGCUAACAACAGAUGAUGGGCCCUUGGGGGGAGACCCCCAGUGUCUGACCCAGCUGUAUCAGAGCACCAUCUCACCAGAGAGAGACUUGGUAUCGGGGCUGGUGGGCACCCUGCUCAUCUGCAAGUAUGAUGCCAUCGACACCAGAGGACACCUGUUGGGCCCAGACAAAGAGUGGAGAUUGAUAUUUGCUGUGUUCGAUGAGAACAGAAGUUGGUACUUCAAUGAAAACAUGCAGAAGUCCAGCAAGAACUCCACUAACACCAAUGACCCUGACUUCUACAACUCCAACGUCAUUUACAGUGUGAACGGUAUCAUGUUCAGCGGGCGUCAGUUUGUGAUGUGUCAGACUGAUGUCACCUUCUGGCACGUGGUCAGUGUGGGUACCCAGAGCGACUUCCUCUCCGUUUACUUCACGGGAAACCUGUUUCAGUACCAAGGCCUCUACCAGUCUGUGCUCACCUUAUUCCCCAUGACUGGCAUGACCGUUCCCAUGGAGACAGAGCUGACAGGUGAGUGGGAGAUCAGUGCCUUUGAUGGCAACCUCAAGAGCCGAGGGAUGAGCAUCCGUUACACCGUUCGUCCUUGCGACAAUGGGGACUUCCCACUAGUCGAUCGAGAUGAAGAUGGGGAUGAUAUCUCUGACUACAUCGAUGAGAUUGAUCUACGACCAAGAGGCAGAAGACCUCAAAACCACACGGUUUUGGUGCAGGUGUGCAAGAAGAACAAUACUCAGGCAGGAAACUCUACAGGGAAAAAUGCAACUCUUAUUACGACUGCUGAGGGACAGGAAAGAUGUCAGCUGAAGAGAGUCCGGGUAACGUCACUAGGAGGAGAAAUACCAGGCAAGAUGUCAGAGGGAGAAAUCCCUCAGGAGAUCUUGGAGGAAAUAGAGAGAGACGGCGAGUGGACAGUCAAUCAGAAUGGGACUGAACCUGGAGAAAAGAGAGUCGGCAGGCAGAGGAGACAGGCAGAGGGAAACUGGACAGGCGGAGACAUCAGCUCUGGAGCCUCAGAGGAUGGAGGAACCGGGAUGGAGAUUGUGGAGAACAGGACUGACACUGGUGCAGAGGACAAGUCUGAGGAAAGGAGAGACGUGCCAAGUGAAACGUUUGGAACGACGGAGGAGCUGGAAGAGGGCAACGAGAUCUCUCUCAACGGCACUCCACUGCUGAGAAAGGACUCGGCCUCUGGUGCGGAACCAAGCCCAUCGGAAGAAAUGGGUGAAAAGUUUGUUUGGAAAAACCUCAUUCAGGCAGAACCUGAGCCACUGACAGUGGAUCUGCUGGAUCUGGAAUACAACUACACCGCUGCAAACAACAACCAAACACAAAUUGGUCUGUCUCUAGACUAUGACGACUAUGGCCAACAGGGGAACAGCACUUCAGAUAUUUUCGAUUAUGUGGACCCACGCUCUGGAGGGAUCAGAUAUCGCACUUACUACAUUGCUGCAGAGGAGAUCUCAUGGGACUACGGCAUCAGAAAACCACAUCAGCUCAUCAAACCCAGAGAGAUGCGUCGAGGGAUGAGGAAGUUCCUGCCAGAGUAUAAGAAGGUGGUGUUUCAGGCCUACAAGGGCGAAGACUUCCUGAAUCCCAUACCCAGAGGAGAGCUUCAAGAACACCUGGGAAUCAUGGGACCUUUCAUCCGAGCUGAGAUCAACGAUCUUGUCACUGUGAUCUUUAAAAACAAGGCAUCCAGGCCUUACUCGUUUCACCUUCAGGGAGUCUACGAUCGCAGCCAGGGGGCCGGCGUAGUGCAAACCCAUGCUUCCUCUGCCCCACCCGGGGUCCCGGGGGAGCCUGUGGCCCCUGGGGAGGUGCGGACGUAUAACUGGAGAAUAACCAGGAAACAAGGGCCCACGGACCAUGAAUUUGACUGCAAGACCGGGGCUUACUUCUCCACCGUGGAUAAGGAGAAGGACCUUCAUUCAGGUCUGAUCGGUCCACUGGUGAUCUGUAAGCCUGGCACCCUGCGCACUCCUCAGAACACACAGCCAGACGUCCAAGAGUUUUCCCUGCUCUUCCACACCUUCGAUGAAACUAAAAGCUGGUACCUGGAGGAGAAUCUGCGGCGACACUGUGCCCCACCCUGUCAGGUCAACACCGAGGACCCCUGGUACCACAUCAGCAAUAAGUUUUCAGCAAUAAAUGGUUACGUGGCUGAGACACUUCCUGGUCUGUUGGUUGCCCAGCACCAGCAAAUGAGGUGGCACCUGCUGAAUGUAGGAAGCGACGGAGAAUACCACGCUGUGCAAUUCCACGGUUUGCCUUUCACCCUUCACACUGAACAGGAACACCGUAUGGGGGUCUACAACCUCUUCCCUGGAGUGUUUGGCACAGUGGAGAUGAGACCCCCCACCGUUGGCACAUGGCUGGUGGAGUGCACCAUUGGAGACUACCAACUGGCUGGCAUGAGGGCUAAACUACUGGUGUAUAAUCCCCGAUGUGUCUUGCCUCUGGGGAUGAAAUCGGGAAGAAUUGAGGAUUCCCAGAUUACGGCAUCAGAUCACUUAUACAACUGGGAGCCCAGGCUGGCGAGGCUGGAUCAGUCGGGUUACAUCAAUGCCUGGAUGGGCAGAAACAAGAUGUCAUGGCUACAGGUGGACCUGCGGAGGCCCACCCUACUGCAUGGUGUGCAGACACAGGGCGUCAAGUCGAAGCUGCGGGACCACUACAUCACGUUGUUCACCAUCUCCUACAGCCUGGACCAGGAAACCUGGACCACUUACAAAGGAAACAGCACCAGGCCAAACAAUGUAUUUCACGGCAACCUGGACAGCUCCAGGGUGAAAAACAACCACUUCUCUCCACCGUUUGUGGCUCGCUACGUCCGGGUUCAGCCACUGGUUUUUGUGCAAAAGCCGGCUCUCCGACUGGAGCUGCUGGGCUGCGAUCUCAACAGCUGCUCGCUCCCUCUCGGGCUCCAGAGGAGGCUGAUUCCUGACAGCAGCUUCAGUGCC